AUUUCUUGCUUGGAGCUCAGACAACAAAGGCAGAGUGAGCCUGGUUUUCUUUCUCUCAGCAUCUCCACCCUGCGCGCUGAAAACCGCUUCAGAUCUUUAGGGUUCACCAAACUAUGGAACUUGAUUUUGGACACUUUGACGAAAGAGACAAGGCGUCCAGAAACAUGCGAGGCUCACGUAUGAACGGGUUGCCCAGCCCCACUCACAGUGCUCACUGUAGCUUCUACAGAACCAGGACCUUACAGGCACUGAGUAAUGAGAAGAAAGCCAAGAAGGUGCGUUUCUAUCGUAAUGGGGACCGCUACUUCAAGGGAAUUGUAUAUGCCGUGUCCUCUGACCGCUUCCGAAGUUUUGAUGCUCUCCUGGCUGACCUGACCCGAUCCCUGUCCGACAACAUUAAUCUGCCUCAGGGAGUCCGUUACAUUUACACCAUUGACGGGUCUCGGAAGAUUGGGAGCAUGGAUGAGCUGGAGGAAGGGGAGAGUUACGUCUGCUCAUCUGACAACUUCUUCAAGAAGGUGGAAUACACCAAGAAUGUCAAUCCCAACUGGUCUGUCAAUGUGAAGACAUCUGCCAACCAGAAAGCACCUCAGUCUCUGGCCAGCAGCAACAGUGCCCAGGCAAAGGAGAACAAGGAUUUUGUGCGUCCCAAGCUGGUAACCAUCAUCCGCAGUGGGGUGAAGCCCCGGAAGGCAGUCCGAGUGCUCUUGAACAAGAAGACUGCCCAUUCAUUUGAGCAAGUUCUCACUGAUAUCACUGAAGCUAUAAAACUGGAGACGGGAGUGGUCAAAAAGCUGUAUACCUUGGAUGGGAAACAGGUGACCUGUCUCCACGAUUUCUUUGGGGAUGAUGAUGUGUUUAUCGCCUGUGGUCCAGAAAAAUUCCGCUAUGCACAGGAUGACUUUUCUCUGGAUGAAAGCGAAUGCCGGGUGAUGAAAGGGAGCCCUGCGAAUGCCACAGGCAGUAAGUCAUCUCCCACCCCUCAGAAGAGCUCAGCAAAGAGUCCAGCCCCCAUGCGCCGCAGCAAGUCUCCAGCCGAUUCAGGUAACCAUCAAGAUGCAAAUGGGACCUCAAGCAGUCAGCUGUCUACACCCAAAUCAAAGCAGUCCCCGAUCUCCACACCUACCAGCCCAGGGAGCCUCCGUAAGCACAAGGACUUGUAUCUGCCUCUGUCUUUGGAUGACUCUGAUUCCCUUGGAGAUUCCAUGUAAAGCGACAUGAAGCGAAACAUCCAUAUUGCGAGCUAUGUUUAAGAUACAGUAGAGUACUUCUGCCAAAAUAAGCAGAUAGGUGACUGGUGCUUUCAAAUCAGACAAUGGACACACAGUUAUAUGUCAUUUUUUUUCUGUGAUUUAUCCUCCGUGCCACAAAUCAACACCUACCAGUCUAUAGAGAUAGAGGGAUACCAUUCUUCCAAGUUACAGGGAUGCAAAAUGGACAUUGCGAGCAAUUUGGGGCCAAUAUGCCAAUGAUCCUGUGCAUUUCCCAUUUUCUUCUAGUAUUUCUUCUUCUGCUGCAACUAUGUAAUUUUUCUAGUGAUAGUAAAGUAGCUCCCCCAAAAGUGCACAAAUGGAUCGCUUGCUGACCAAUUUGCAAGCUCAAGUAGAGCAAAUGAUAAUUCUCCACCCGUCCAAACUGCCAACAUUUGCCAGCUCACCUGCUCCUCAUUUGCAGCCCUGGUUUUAGCACCUGCAUACUAACUAGUAUUGUUUUUAUUGUUGGAGGGCAGGAAGGGAAAUGACUUACUAGUUUGAUGCUUACUAUGCCAGCAGAAGCUUAGAUGAGAUUAGGAAUGAUUGCAUAAAAUGCAAUAGUAUAAUAGUGAUUCAAAUAUUGGGAUUUUUUUUUAAAUGAUUAAGCAAAAAAAAAAAAAAGUAAGUCAUCUGAGUUAUCUGGAGUGCAAAACCUUUUGUGUAUGAUCCAAAGACACUGCUAGCUGGUAAGAAAUUUUUAUACCUACCUUAUGGUAUCUCUCUAUCUCUGUUUGUAACAGUAAUGCCUUGUGAACAGCCAACACUGAAAACACUGUGAAAAUUUGUUUUCAGGUUUGACACCCUAUAGGUCACUUUUUAUAGCAAAAAAUCAAUACACUUUUUAUAAAGGAAAACCUUGUAUCUGUGUUUUGGGAGUAAGGAUUCAAGCUCCUUCUUUUUUAUAAGAACUGGUAAUUUUCUUUUGUUUAAAAAACACAUUCAGAAAAAUGUACAAAAAAAGCCAACCAACAACUGCAGAAGAGUAAUAACAACAAAUCAGUUUAGAAAUCUUGUCAUCACUGCCAAAACAGACACACGUAGGGGAAAAAAAAAGAGGUCAAUUCAAAAUGUUGAAUGUUUUGAUAGUUUUUGUAAUGUUUAAGACUACACAUUUGGUUUUUUACACUUCAGUAUUCCUAACUAUGGCCAGAUUCUCUACUUAUAUAACAAAUGGAAUUUUGUGGUGUUCAAAAACCCGUAUUUUAAGAAACUCUUCUAUCUGACAAAAACUUAUUGUAUCUAGAGAAACCUUUUGCUUUUAUUAAUCAGUAAUGACUCCUACAGAAUGCAAAGUUCAUCUAUUCACGCAGGGCUGGUGGUUUUUACUACGCCGAAGCUUUGUCAUAGGCUAGCUGGCAUUGCCUCCCUUUCUCAUGGAAGAAGCUUUCGAUGAAAAUUAUUAUUACAGAACUUUACCUAAAUGAAAUCUGUGCAAUCAAAUCUUUCUUUGUUGCUCUAUUUGCCUUUGUUUCAACACCUAUUCCCUAUUGCCUUGCAACCCCUUGUGAUUAGAAUGCAUUAUAAUGUUGUGAUGUUUGAUGCUACAUGAAUGCUGGGUUGUUCCCAAAGCCACUCCACAUUUUGUUUGCUUACAUUGCUGGUCUGAAACAAUCUGUGCAGGCUACAUCUUUAGAGGUUCACGUGAUGAUACAUAUAAUGCAACUUAAAAAAAGAGAGUUAUCUGAGAGAGGCCAGGAUUGGGAAUUAUCAAGGGGUCAGAGUUAUCAUGCACCAAAUUUGUACCCAGUAGUCUUAGUGCAUGAUCAUUUACACCCCGAGUUUUGCACAAGAAAUCAUUUGUCCCCACAAAUAACUUCAUUUAAUUGAAUAACUCUCUGACUACGUGACUGCUAAAUGAUCGUUUCACCUAUUGUAUAUAGAAUCCUGGGUUUAGUUCCAAGGCUAAGGGCUCAUGUUGAAGGUUUGUGGGGGAAAGGAUGGGAGUCUGGACAAAGCAUAGGUGCAGUAGUCAGGACACCUUCAUUCAGCCCUUGGCAUUGCUAAAUUUAGUGUCUGAACGGGAGCAGGUCUCUUAGUAACCCUGUGCCUCAAUCUGUCUGUCCCUACAGGGACAAUACUGUUCUACCUCACUGGGGGUUGUGAGGCCAAAUGUUGGUUAACAUUUGUAAAGUGCUUUCAGAUCCUCUAACAGAAGGUGCUGAAGUAUUUUGGGAGCAGAUUUGGUUAUGGGUGCUAAUUUUGGGCCGUUUAAUCCUGUGGGUGCUACUGUAGACACUGGUCUUGAGAAAAUAUGACCUUUUAAGCAUAAGGAUGUUAAAGGCUAUAGUUAUGCUAACAAGAUUAUUCAUCGGAACUUUUGCCUUAGUAAAAGCUUUCGUGGGACAGAUAAUUUGACAUGUUUUUUACCCUCUCCUCUGUCCUGUUGGUGGAAAUCUCAGAGUCCCUCCCUAAGUCUCUGCCUUUCCAGGGACCCUGACUAGUAGUCAUGACCCUGCCUGUUAGAGAUGAUGGACUUGAACUCCGGUCAAAGGUGUGUCACUUCAGUGACACAGGCCAUUCCUGUCAUAGUCAGGGUAAGCAUGUCCUGCCACCUUUCCUCUGAGUCUCUGCUAAAUCAAGAGACCAGCCAUGAGAUUGCAUCUAGGUUGUCUUGCUAUUCAGUACAGGACACUCACCACAGAUCCACCAGGAAAACCCAAAUCUUUGAUAUCUAUAAACAGACUGAACUGCUAGAGCUGAUGGUGGUAGGAAAGGAGUCUGAGAUGUGCUUUCAUCCGGUAUCCAUGAGUUCAGUUUGUAUAAGAUAAAGCAGGAUCCCAAGUGGUAAAUGAACCUUUGGAUGGAUGGUUGUUGAGGAAGCUGUUGAGAAGUGGUUCCUUUCCUUCCUGCCACAAGUAGUGUUUGGUUAUUUGAAGAUGCUCUUCCUGGUGGAGCAUGCUAAGGAAUCACUGAGGCCGUCUUCCUGAGCUGCACCUACUGACACAUCUAAUACCUGAUCCUGCAAGUGCUCCCUUGCGUUUGGAGUUUUGUUUGCAAGAGGAUCAUCCUGGGGUGGGGCUGAGCCAAACAAUUCCUUCAGGGAAUUAGAGGGACCUUGAAAAGGCCUAAAAGAAGAAAAAAAAAAUUGUUCUGUGGGAAAAAUAGCCAUUCAAACCAGUAGAAGCCACAAAGAAAACAGGGUAUGAGGUCAAACUCCCGAGUUUUAAAAAGCAAUUUUCUAGGUAGAAAUGCCUGAGCAGUAGGAGAAGUCAGUGAGCAUUUCAGCUGUAACAUAUAGUUAAUUCUGUAUUAAUGCCAAUAUUGCAUGAGUUCUUGUACAGAAAUGCAUGUGGAAUGUUACCUACAUUCAAAAUCAGUUAUCUUUGGCUUUGUAGAAUCCCUAACAUAGAUUUGAAUACAAAGAGAAACAAUGCACAGGCAUUGUACCUUAGUCAUUUAAAUAUAGGCACAGCCCUAAUUCAGGAAAGAACUUAAAGACUUGAUUAAAUUUUAGCACAUGCUUUACUCCUGUUGAUUUUUCACGAGAUAUAAGCUUGGGUUUGGUCAGAAAGCUUUCCUGAAUUGGAAUAAAUUAUUAAUUACUUUCAAUAUACUAUAAUAAUUCCAGACCCUAUGAGAUCCUGGAGCAGAUGAUAGCAAUUCCACUAUAUACUCCAGAGUUUACCUUUUAUAUUUUUUUCUACUUUUACAAGCACAUAAAACUCCACAGGAUAUGAGGAUUUGCCAUAUUAAUUCUGCUAUAAAAACCCUGUCUAAUUUCCCUCAUGAGGCUGCCUUUAGUAUUUUCAGAGACUAAUUGAAUCACUAAGACUAUAUUGUUUUAAAACAAUACAGUAUUUAAAAACAAAUUAGAGAGACUCUUAAAGUAGUAGAGCUUUUUUUCUUUGAAAUCUGCCUUUAUUCAGUAUCCAGUAUAUUUUAGUAAAUUUGCAUAUAUAGUAAAAAUACCUGUUUCAGACACGCGAUCAUUAGGAAGGAAUUAGAGCAAUCCUCCAAGCAUAGACUGUUGUAUUUAGUAUUCAUACAUUCCAGUGAUGGUCUUGACUGUAGAAGAUCAGGGCAAUGCAGCAAAAUCUUCAGCCUUAGGAUUUUUGUCACUCGUAAAGCAUUUAUAAUCCUGAAGUUUCUGGGUUAAAUCCUCAUCUGUUAUAAGAUUUGGAGCUAGUUCAGUUCCACUAACUAAACAGCCAGCCAAGACUCUACAACUUGAAGUAAUUUUGAAAGAGUUUCGUAAUGGAAUUUUACCUUGGUCCACUCUGCAGUGGGAGAUGGAAACGGCUUUUGCCUACCAUUGUCUGUGUUUCCUAUAUCUGCACAUUAUUUAGCUAGCUACUUUGCAGAACACCUUGUGAAAUUGCUCUGUAACGCCAUGCUGAAUCCCUACACAGACGCUGCUCCACCGACAGCCAUCCCUGGAAGCUCUCUGCAGGGGCAAAGUAUGGACUUUACAGUAUGUGACUUCUUUAUUGCAGUGAGAGCACAUGAGUGUAUUUUGUCAUUGACUUCAGGGUUACCACUCAUCCAUUCAAGGCAAUUGGAGAGCAGAAUCGUUUUUAGAGAAAGGAAAGAAAAAACAGUCAAGUAAAGCAGGUAUAAAUUUAGUCCAGAAAGUGUCUCCUCAAGCUAAGACAAUCCACAACCAGAGAAAAGCUAUCUAGAAGUGUGUUUACCACACACGAGGUGCUGGUCAUGACCAAGACAGAACAAAACAGCUUCUUUUUUCUAGUGGUGAUUUAGGCCCAAAGUUAUUUUUCUGGUUGCUGAUGGAAGCAGGCUGAAACAGUGUGUGGGACUGGUGAUGUCCUCUGUAGAAGCAAAUGGAUGGCACAAGAUGAAGAUCUUUUUCUGUCUUUCUCGGUAAAGAGUGAUGUCAAUCUGUGCAACAGGAUUAGUGCUUUACACAAGAUCCUAGAAGAGAUCUAGCUGAAAUACUACCUUGGUGUAAUAAGACCAAGAAGGUUAAGACCUAAAGUGCCUUCCAGCAUGCUUUGGGCUUCAGAAGCGGGACUAUACGUGUGCCCAGCAAGGCCUAGAUAAAAACAGCCUUGACAAAAGGGGACAGAACAGACUUUAAUUCUUGAGAUGUUUAGCCCAUCUCGCAUUUAUGCAACCAGCUCUUGAAAAUUACUGUCUCCAGAAUCAUGGGUUUCUUCUUCUGUCCCAUCUGUAUGAAUCUGAGCAGGCCUCUCCAUGGUACCUCAGGAAAUGUUAAAGCUGAGUCUUGUGUCUCAUGGUGCAGCCACUCCUCACUGAUUGUGGAGUGAACUGGGCUGGGUUCUGCUGCAUUGGUUAUCGAUUCUGUCAUUCAGAUAUUCUUCACCCUCCUUCUUUGCUCCUGGCUUAAGAUCUGGUGUCUCUCAUUCUGUGUGCCUCCAGGUGAAAGGCUGGGGCCAGCAAUGUGUAUGGACCCCUCGUUUUGUUUUGUUUCCUCUGGAACAGAUCUAGUCAUUUGAUGUUUGUCUGAAGGUCUGUGGCCAAGCUGACAAAAAGACGUGUUUUAAUAGGGAGAGGUGAGAUGCUCACAGAUUGUAAGUGGGUGGAUGGAAAGGUUUUUUUUCAGUAAUGCCAUUGCAUAGCUGCUCUGAUAGAAGCCCAGUUGCAGGGUAGGGUAUGUGUACUCCAUCUGCAGGUGAAAAUGUGGAGCUUUGGGCUCACAGACCACUAUCCAUCCCUCAGGAUACUCUGUUUAGAGAAGGUUAAAAACACUGACACCAAUUUUUGGCCAAUAGAUGAGCUUCUGAGUAAAUAAGAAUCAGAUCUAGUGGAUUCAGCAGUGGGAUUUCAGAGCCAUUGGGAUUUCAGAGCCUACUGGUCUUUGGCAUAAGUGUGGACAGAUCAGUUCUCCUUGUGCCAUGGUGUCCCAAUGCAUAAAGAGCUGGUCACAAUACUUACUUCCAUCUGUAAGAUGCUUUGAGAUAAGCUGAUACAAAGAGCUAUGGAAGAACUUGCUCUUAGCAUCUAUUCAUUACUUAGCGAAGUCUGAAAACCUUAUAGAAGCAAACUAUGGUCCAUUGUGUUUGGCAAGUCUUUUCAGGAACUCUGACUCUCUCAAAACUAUGCUGUAAAAAUGGUUUUUAUUUUACUAAUGGUGAAAGACAGACGCAUAAUUUUUAUUUCUUCCAAAACUCUGGAGACACCAGCAACACUCCUUGAGAGCAAGGCCAUAUCCACAUCCAGCAACCCAAUUCUCUCAUCUGGACCACCUCUGGCCUGAAUACAGACCCCUGCUGCCCCUCUUCUUGUUACAUGUACACGUACAUAUCGGGGGCAAUUUCUGUUACCAUUCAAAAUGUGGGCCAUGUAUUUGUAAAUGAUGAAUAAGUCUAAUGUUUUCAGUGGCCUUCUACCAAGAAAACAGUGGGCCUGUUGUUGAAAGCUUUCUUGUUUAGAAAGUGUUCAUGGCCAGACGGCUUCAUGGGAAAGAGUUGCCUUUCAGUUUCAUUGCUCAAUGCACUUAGUUGAACUAACCUAUUCUGGCUCUUGCUCUAUAUCUUAAUGAACUGUAACUCAGGACUCUUGAGCCAGUUUAGAGCUUCCCUAGGUCUGACAGUUUAUCACUCAAACAACUGAAGAAGGAGGAUGCCCAAAAGGAAUUAACAAAUCUUUGCAGUAAUUAGAGUCUGUCAGCUGAAAAAAGAAAGUUGGCAUCAUUAGAGAAAGAUGCCAUGAUGGCCAGUGUCAUGGGAAACAAAGAAAAAAGACUUGUUUCUAAGAGGAAUGGUAGGGGGCAUUUGUUAGGAGAUAUUUACUGAGUGAUGAAAUGAGCCUGAACUUCACAGAAAAUCAAAUGGAAGGGAGAGCAUGAGGCAUCAGUGCUACUGAUGUGCAGGAAUAAUAAAAGAGAAAAGCCAAGAAAUUCCAGGGACAAACGAAAUGGGAGGCUGGGGCUAGCUGAGGAUCUACAGCUUUGUUCUAGACAGAAAAGCAGCAGGAGGUCCUGGCUGCAUGUUGAAAGAGUUAUUGCCCUGCAGGUAUCUAAGCCAGGAUGCAGGCUGUGUGUCCCAUUCCCGAUGGUAGAAAUAAGGUCAUGCUUGGCCGCAGGCAGGAGAACUUGGUUUGAAGUUCCUCCCCUGCUCCUGUUUCACUUUCCUGCCAGCAUGUGUCAUCCCUAAAACGAGGAAGGGAAAAUCCAGCCCUUUGCUGAAUGACAGCACCAACCUGUGGUGUGGUUUUAUUUUAAUUCCUCCCUAUCAGAUCAGAAAUAGAAAUUAAUCAGUAUGCCCUGGCUUCGAGAAGGACAGGCCUGGCACACUGCGGAAUUGCAAGACAUGUGCAAGAGAAUAAUGAGGACACCUCUGGACCUCCCAUCCCUUUCCCACGGAGCUCAGCAAACUCUGGAAAAAGUAGCAACCCACUUGCACCAGGGUGAAUAGCCAAACAGGCUCCUGGGGGAGGUUACCUUGAUUUGCUGUGCAGGCAGAGGGGCUGAUGAUGACCUUGUCCGUGAAAUGCCUAGCCACAUAUGUGAGACGUGCUGCAUUCAAUAAAUCAAUGGGAAGUCCAUGCUGAACAAGGGGAUCUGUGUUUAACACCAGUUUUCUCACGAGAUCUUUUUUUCAAAUUCAGUUGAAUUACAGUGCUCAUGAAUUGAAUCCUAAAAGGUAAAACAACUGAUUUAUCUGAACACAUUUUUGUUGUUUAGUCUCAGAUUAUUUUUUUUUGCAUAAAGAUUGCACCUCUUUGUUUCUGUAGGUUCUCAGACGCUCGAUAUAACACAAGUGAAACCCAAUACACCUAAUUCUCUGCUGCUUUAAACAGGCAGAAGCUCCUCUGUAAUUAAGGGAGCUGAACCCAUUUGGUCCAAAGUUGCUCUCCUAUUUCAAAGAUUGAUUACUGUCAAUAAUUCUUGUGUGAUUGAUUACUUAAGUGCAGAUUCAGUUUCCUGGGUGACAGCUGCAGACUUUGCAGAGAAAACCUCACUGACCCCAGUUAUAAGGUGAUCUCUUGUAUGAACCUCUAAUAGCAAGUUAUAUAUGGGAGAUAUUUUGUAUAGUUUUAUUAUAGAUAAUGAUAAAGCUGAAUUAGUUUUCUUCAUUGAAAUAUCUUAAAACUUUUAGAAUUGAAAAUUAAACAAGGAACCUUAGCAGAUCAGGGUCUCUAUAUUUUCUGGUUCUGAAGAGUGUUGGCUUUAUCUCACUUUACUCUUACUUCAGUCUACCAAUAGACACGCCCUGAGCCCAGCAGGUUUAUGGAAGCAGAAAUAGCAUUUCUAUUUCUUCCUGUAUUUUUUUACUCUAGUCCCAGCUAGUACGAAGCAGAAUAGAUUUAUGGUUGGCUUGGUUUUUAGAGAAAAAUAUUACCAAAUGUCUCUGAACAUAAAAAGGAAGGUUCAGUUCAUUUUAGGUGACUCAUCUAAACUCAAGGCUGCUUUUGAUUUUUAUCCAAGCUGGUUCUUCCAUCUCUAUUUACAACAGUUAUGUAUAGGAAAUAGAGAUUAAUUUGAGUCACGUUUAAAAAGUGGGGUUGUUGCAAAGUGAUUCAUCUGGCACAUGCAGUCAGAAUGAAACAUGUUGGUGGCACUUGGUCAGGGAGGACCUGAACCAAACCUGGUUCUGAACCCCCAAGUUUCUGAGAAACCCACGUGCAGAGUUAAACUCGGGAAAUGUCAGUAAUGGACCAAACGCACCCCGAGCUGGGGUACAGGCCCAGUUCUUGAAAUGAAGAAUUUUACCUUCAGAGAAUCCCUGUGAAACAUUUAGUUGUUUUUUUGUUGUUUGUUUUUUAGGUUUGUGUUUGGGGGUUGUUUUUGUUGUUUUUGUUUGGGUUUGUUUUGUUUUGUUUUGUUUUUUAAAUUCCAGCAUGGCUUCUUUUCUCCAUCUGAAAUGUAGUGAUAUUCUGUCUUGCUCACAUGCUGACCACAUAGUCACUGAUGGGCUGCAGAACACACAGCUUUUUUCCCUUUUUUUUCCCCUCUUUACAACAGAAAAGCUUUUUCCAGAUUUAGUGUGGUGUCUAAUGAUGCAUCUCCUUAAAAAGAAGAAUGUCUAGGGAAUUAAUUGCACUGCUAACUGGUGUUUAUAGAUAAGGUGAAGCAGAAGUAUUGAAUGUAAGAACAAGAAAGCCUGUGAGUUAUAAUUAGAUGCUGAAUUCUGACGUGAAAUUGUUGUUAGUUUGCUUCUUAUUUAAAUGAUGUGUGAUCCAAGCAGCUUUAUCCCUGUGGCAGUACUAGUACAGCUGCGAUUUUCAAUUUAGAAGACACCCAGGGUCUUUUAGAAAGAGGAAACCUGUCUAGCCAAAUCUCCUUCUAUUCUCUGAAAUGACGACACGUUCACCUCCACGAUACUCUGUAUUUUAUGACACUGCCUAGUCUAGAAGCACAGGGGAGGAGUAUCAGCUUGCUGACUUUGCUGUUACUAGCCUUUGCCUAUUCUCUUUAUCACAAAUGUAACCACAAGCUAGCGUUAGCGGCUCUCAUCGCAUAAGCCUGAGUUCUUCACGCCACUCUUCUCUGAAGAGCAUGAACUGCCUUUGCUCACGGCCCUGUGCUCCGCGGCUCCCUCCGAGCUGCGGAUCUGCCGCCAAGUUGUGUUGAGGGAGGGAGGAAUGCAGCUGAACUGGAACCUGAUCACGGAUUACUGUCUUAGGUCAUUCAUUGAGUUUGUAUGAUUUCAUCAUUAAUAACAAAGCUGCAAUAUAAUAUGACUGAGAGGCCACGAUGUAUUUUCUAUUGUCGUUCAGUGGGUGGGGGUUGGAGGGGCAGCCGGGUUUAAAGUUUAGCUGGUAUACUUUAAACUCUGUACAUAACCUUGGAGGACACGGGGGUGGUAAGGGUUCACUUGUUAUUUUGUUGGGUUUGGUAAAUUUCAGUUUGGGGUUUUUUUUUUAAAUGAUAAGGUAUUUAAUUAAUGACAUUGUACAAAGAGCUAUUAAUUUAAAUGGUGCUUUUGUUCUCCUAAAACAGAUCUAUCUAACCUUUCUUUUUGGCAAGCCUGCAGCAAUGCUAAUCAUAUUGACUUUUGUACCUUGGGGGAGCGCAUGGAAGGGGAGGGGAAAUGCUUUUCUCUUCAGACAAAUAAUCUUGCCCAUAGUUAAUUUUCUGCUUGGAUAUAUACCUUAAACACCCUUUAUGCUGAAUUUUUACGUGAAGUUCUCUUAAAGGGACAGAACAAGCAAAGGUUAUUCCAAAAGAUCUCAAAUGUAUCAUCUUGUAAUAUAUUGCAGCUUUAUGCCAAUGAUUCCUUGCUUACCUGUACACAGUCCAUGCAUGUUUUGAACUAAUUUUGCAUUCUCCAUUUGUGGUGAGUUAUUUAGCAUUUUAACCACCUUUUGUGCCAUUCAACUUGUACAGAAAACAUUUUUAUUGACGUUUUAAAGGGGGGGAAGAAAAGAAAAAACCCCUUCUGCUCCCUAGUUGUAGGUAGAACUCAGUUACUUAGCAAACAGAUGUAGAUGAGUGGUUGUAGUGUUAGAAAUGUUAGCUUGCUCGUGAACAAGCUUUUGAGAGUAAAUGCAUGGUCCUGUACCUCUCUUUUCUUAAUUAGCUCUUCCUUUCCUCCUGGAAAGAUUCUCUCUCUCCCUCUCUCUUAUUCUGUCCUUGUCUCUCUCGUGGUUGUAAAGUACAGAUUUGGGCAUAAAUAAAAUGAUAUACAAUGAGGUUUGAAAAGCAGUUCUCAACAGGUUCUCUUGGGGAACUUAAUUUCUCACAGCGCCUUGGCACUUUGAUUAGACUCUAACUUUCAAGGUAAAACAGAUGGAGAUCAGUCACCUGUUGCCUCUGCUUGAACUGGGGAACCAGUUAAAUCUUUGGAAGUUUGCGUCACCAGUAAGCGAUGAGAUCUCGAUGAUCCAUCGCAGCUGAGGCAUGUGGCACGUGGUAUAUUGGCUGUGGCUUCCACACCUGGUUGUUCUACAUGGGACUAGUCCCACGGCCCCUGAUUUGCGGAGUUUGCACACACUUUUUGAUUUUCCUGGAUACGCAGCGGAAGGGGGUGGGGGAUGAUAUAUAGGAUUUAUGUUGUUAGGGGUUCUGUAGACAACUCCUUCUCCACACUCCCAAGCUCUGAGUUGAGUACACAGGGCUUACUGUUGCAUAGCUGUGGUUCUGUUGGCAACGGAGGACAGAAAAUAGUCAAAGUCUCUGAAAAGAGGGGGUAACUCAUAAAGAUGGAUUUUGUAAGAAACAGACUGUAAAAAACCCCACAAAACCCUGCCACAAAACCACAAAGUGUACCUAGAUCCACACUUCUAUCCCCCAUGCCUCUUCUCCCUUAACAGAAUUUCCUUUUGUUAGAAGACUUGACUUUCUAGAAAAAAUUCCAUUUUUGUGAGGUGUUGUGAACUGUUUUUACUACUUGUAAUAACCAUCCCAGGUCUGAGUAUUCUUGUAAUGCAAUGCCAUGCAGCAGAGAACCUGUCCACUUUAUAGCUUUGCUCUCAAUAUUUGUUACUCAUUGUUUUCUCAUCUAAAUGUACAUUUGCAAGAUGUGUGUAAUGUCAUUUUCAAAAAAUAAAAUUUGGUUUCAAUAUUU